AGAAGAAUUUGUUUAAAUUGUAGCGGACAAUUAGAUCCUUCCAAGUGCUAGAUGAUCGAUAGGGCAGGAAUUAAAAGACUUUUGAUCUCUUCAUAUUUCUCAAAAUUAUUUGUCAUCUCGAAUACGUAGGGUGCAAUUAUACUUUCAUCCGAGGAAGGAAGAAGGAGAAAAGCGGUGACAAUUAAUACUUAUUAAACGUGUACUUUUAAAAAGAGCACACGGUUGUGUUAUUAACAAGUUGUGUUAUUGACAAGAACUAUUUACUAGGAAGAAUACAGAAGAAAAGAAAGGAAUUUCAUACUCUAAAUUUGAGAAUAUGUCUAGUUGUGAUGAAAUGAGCCCACAGGACUUGUCAUCUAGAGGGGAUCCAUGUGAUUAUGGUGAUCCCUCAAAGCUCGGUGGCAGCGGAGGAGAUCAUGUCAAGAGGCCCAUGAAUGCUUUCAUGGUGUGGUCUAGAGGACAGCGAAGAAAGAUGGCCCAGGAUAAUCCUAAAAUGCAUAACUCGGAAAUAAGUAAACGACUCGGUGCCGAGUGGAAAUUGCUAUCGGAAGAAGAUAAACGACCAUUUAUCGAUGAAGCAAAGAGACUUCGUGCUCUUCAUAUGAAAGAACAUCCGGAUUAUAAAUAUCGUCCCAGAAGGAAGCCCAAGUCUUUGCUCAAAAAGGACAAAUAUCCGUUUCCUAUGGCAAUGCCAAUGAUACCUGGAAUCAGCCCUCUGAAUGGCUUACCCCCGGGAUUCGGUUCCAUGGCUUCUGCAUCAGAAGGUAUGUCACUGGAGAAAAUGAGGGCAUAUUUGCCCCCUACAUCUUCUCACGCCCCUUUCAGUCAUAUGGAGGGAAGUGGUAAAUUAGACAAUGGCGUUGGUUCUCUCAGUGCCCAGGAUAGACUAUAUUCACCCUAUCUAUCUGCGUUAAAUGCCCACUCCUCGUCAGCAGCUGCCGCUCUGAGCGGCAUGCCUCCAGCGGCCCACUCUCAUCCUGGGCAGUAUCUUCUACCGUAUUGUCCACCUAGCUAUAUGCCCUCGCAAAGUGACAUUUCACGUCCAGUGGCGUAUGUGUUUGUGAAACCUGAGGAUCAUUACAACCGACAUCCCGCCAUGAUCUGAAGUUUCAUAGGAUGUACCAACUGUGAUGUCUUUUUUAUGCGUGUUCAUAGUAUGUGCUAGUGGAAAAAUGGACAAUAUUUGUAACAUGAUCUCUUUGUACCGUUCUAAACGGACUAUUUUGUAAGAAAAAAGUGCUAGACUUGAGAACUUAAAACAAAAACAUGGUUCUCGUCGGAAUCAGUUAUGUACUAUUGGUGCUUGAUUACAAAGUAACAAGUUGAUUUUCUUUUUUACAUAAAACAUUACGUGGUGUAUGUACUUUUCAAUUAUAUAUAGUUUUAUUUUACCAAUAGGUUGUUUUUGCAUUGACUGUUAGUGGCAUUUAUAUUGCUGUAUUUUAUAUGUAUGAUUGAGCUUUUUGUGGAUAUAUAUGAUUGUUAAUGGUUUAAAUACCAAGGAAAAUUGAUUAAAACAUUUUUUAGACAUUUUAAAAUCUAUCCCUUAUAAUAUUUUUGCUUGUUUAUGUAUUUUAAUGUGUACGCCUCGAAAACAACAAAAAAGGUGAAAUAUUUUCACACAUAUAUUAUCUGCGUUUGGCUUAAAAUACAAUAAAGUAAACGAUUCGCUAGAAAAAUAAAAUCUCUGGCUGUUUAAUUUAUGUUUUAGAUUUUAUUACAACAAAAAUAAUGCAUAUCCUUUUGAGAAAAAAAAAAUGUUAAAUUGUUGGGGAGAUGUCCCUACGAUGUUGUUAUUGAGUAGAUCAUUUUGCAUUCAAGAUAUUUUUAUCAUAAUUUCAUUACGUUUUCAAACAUUUAUUUCCCAAUUCAUCGUGUAUUAAUUGUUGAAAAAAUAUUAUAACAGGUAUC